AUGAUGAUGGACAACACUGGGUUUAAGAAAUCUGCUGCAAAUUCUGAAACUCCAAACUCAACCGUCUCCAAAGAGGCCAGCACCCAGUUCUCAUCAUCUACGACCAGCCAAGGCUAUGUUUUACCAGAAGGAAAAAUCAUGCCAAACACCAUUUUUGUUGGUGGAAUUGAUGUUAGGAUGGAUGAAACCGAAAUAAGAAGUUUCUUUGCUAGAUAUGGUUCAAUAAAAGAAGUGAAGAUAAUCACGGAUCGAACUGGUGUGUCCAAAGGCUAUGGAUUUGUUUCGUUUUAUAAUGACGUGGAUGUCCAGAAGAUAGUAGAAUCACAGAUAAAUUUCCAUGGUAAAAAGCUGAAACUGGGCCCUGCAAUCAGGAAACAAAAUUUCUGUGCUCAUCAUGUGCAGCCACGUCCUUUGGUUUUUAAUCCCCCACCACCACCACAGUUUCAGAGUGUCUGGAGCAGUCACAACCCUGAAGUGUACAUGCAGCCUCCAACCAUGAUGCAUCCUAUAACUCAGUAUGUGCAGGCAUACCCUUAUCCCAGUUCACCAGUUCAGGUCAUCACUGGAUAUCAGCUGCCUGUAUAUAAUUACCAGAUGCCACCACAGUGGUCUGGGGAACACAAGAGUUAUGUUAUACCUCCUCCGACUUAUACAGCUGUUAACUACCACUGUAAUGAAGUUGUUCCAGGAGCUGAAAUGUUGACAAGUGAAUGCUCCGUUCAUGAAGCUACUGCAUCCUCUGGAAAUGGCCCACAAAAGAAAUCUGUGGACCGAAGCAUACAGACGGUGGUAUCUUGUCUAUUUAAUCCAGAGAACAGACUGAGAAACUCACCUGUUACUCAAGAUGACUACUUCAAGGAUAAAAGAGUGCAUCACUUUAGAAGAAGUCGGGCAGUGCUCAAAUCUGUUUGAUCCUCUCUGCUGACUUUCUAGUCUCAUUGGAAGUUGUUGGUUUUGAAUAUUAAGAGACUGAAAGUUGUUCACUAUUACAUAAAUUUAAUGCUGAAUUUGUAUAAAUUGUACUCAGACUUUCUACAUAAGUUAUAUUAGAUGGCCUAGUUUUACUUUACACUGAAACUGUUUUUCAUUAGAUGUUUAUUUAGAAACGUUCUGUGUUGAAUAUAUAGUUGAAAGUAAAAAAUAGUAAAGACCGAAAGGAGUAACUUAAGAUAUAUUUGUAAGGACUUUUUUAAACAGAAAUUAACAUGUUAAGAGUUUGAAAGUAAAUGCUGAUUUUCAGAAAAUUGUUUUAGAAAACCUACUAUUUUGAAAGGUCAGAAUUUUGAUAGUUUGAAUACAGGCAUUUCAUUUCUCCAACAAGUAACAGUGAACAUUACAAUAUUUACAGUGCUUAACAAUUGUGCUUAACAUUUAUUAUUUGUCUAGAAAUUUACCACAAAAGCAAGAGUUUUUAAAACUACAUUUUUAAUCAGUGGUACUCAACAUACAGUUAACUUUAUUGAUGUCUUCCUUAUCUAAACCCAGUAAAACAGAUUCUAAACUAAACAGUCCAAUCAGUGGGUCUUAUGUUUAUUCAAAAUAUUUAUCUUUUAUCUGGAAUCCACACAUAGAUAUGCUAUUUGAUUGGGAUGGCAAUUAGGAUAACUAAAAUUCUGGGCCUAAUUUUUUUUUAAAAAUCCAAGACAAACUAAAUUUUACUAGGAACAUAAGCUUCUCAGUGAGUUACCAUUCUCCUUUUUUUUCUUGUUUCCU